GGGCAAUCGGAUAAUCUACCUAAAAUAGAUGGAUUAAUGGUUGCUCAUUAUUUAUCAACAAAUAGUGAUUUUGUUGCCACCGAAAUGCGAGGGAUAAAAAUGCAAAGAUCGGCAAGAGACAGCUAUGGCGAUGAUGCUAUUGGUUAUGUUCAAGUAAAAAGAGUAGGUGAUGUAUGUACGGUUAAAUGUAGAAUCACGCCAGAACACCGCGUACGUACCACACCUUAUCAUUGCAGCUUAGAAUGUAAUGAAAAGGAUGGAGAAGUUUUAAAUGUAACCUGCGAAGAUUGUGCCGCCAGCAGAGGUGGCUGUAAGCAUACUAUAGCAUUUUUAAUGUGGCUACAUCGUCGAAGCGAGGAGCCUUCAACGACUGCUACCAAGUGUUAUUGGAAAAAAUCUAAGCUCUCAGGUAUUGGUACCACACUGAAAAUGAUUAAAGCUAAAGAUUUCGGUACAAGUGGUAUAACACUUCAUUCAGUCGGCCAGAAUGGAAAUAUUUUUUUUGACCAAGUAGCAUUAAAACUUAGAGAGCUUCAAAUACAAUGUUCUCUUUCACAUUUUAUAUGUGAAAAAAAAGAAGUUGAAAAGAUGUCCAUUCAUUAUUUAAUUAAUCGUUUCAAAAAAUCCUGUGUUGAUUUUCACUUUGAAAGUUUUAUAACAUUUUGUAAAAACGAAAUGACGGAAUCAAGAUGUCAUCAAGUAAAAGAGGGUACAACAGCUCAAUCAGAUUCAAAUUUGUGGUUUGAGAUGCGCUACGGACGUAUAACAGCUUCAAAAAUGUACGAAGCUGCUCAGUGCACAACAAAAGAUGGCUCUUUAGUUGAGGAAAUAUUUGGUGCUGUAACUUUUAAUCAAACGAAUGCUAUCAAAAGAGGAAAAAAAUUAGAAAAGGAUGUCAUAAAAGAAGUCUCGAAGUUACAUAGUAUUAAGAUAGUGGAUACUGGUCUUUUUUUAAAGAAUGAGUGGCCUAUGAUUGGUGCCUCGCCUGACGGACUUACUGAUGACUGCGUUCUUGAAGUAAAGUGUCCAACCAAGGCAAACACUUUUACUACGUAUUGUAGUAAAGAGUAUUCUCGCAAGGUCAACAAUAAAAGUUUCUGGACGAAGAUCGUUCUGGACGAAGAACAGUCAGAUCAAAAGACUAAAGACUCGUAA